AUGCGGCCAACAUUUCGAGCGCUCGCGCGCUACCUCGAGCCCGGCACGCCCACGGGUCUGACAGGCCUGUGGACGCACGCCACCCCCCGAUCGACGCUUCUCUUCCUCUACCGCAGCACUCUCGACAAGCUACAGUCGCUCCCGGCGACGUCUCUGUACCGCCAAUCUGUUGAGGCCACCACCAAGCACCGUCUGGCGCUCGUCGAGCAGUACACGCCGCCCGGCCACGAGGCGUGGGCGGCCAAGGCGCGGGAACUGGUCAAGAACAAUAAGCAGUUCCGGGUGGCCAGCGGCCGCGUCGAUGGCAGCGAGGCCCGCACCGUCAAGCUCGGCGACCGCGUCUUCGUCGUCGGCUCCAGGCACCUGCCCGGGGAUGAGCGCGUCGAGGAGUGGGACGGCGAGGAGAAUGAGGGCGGCGAGCUCGAGGGCAUUCGCACCCCGGCCGAGCGCGCUGACCAAGUCCUUUGGGCUGAGCGCAAGGCCCUCGAGGAUCACGAGAAGAUUGAGUGGGAGGACGAGCCGCAGCUGACGGCGGACCAGCUCGGCAGGAUCCAAGAACUCGAGCAAAAGAUUGGUGCUGGCCUCAUUGAAGAGAUCAUCGAGGUUGCCGAAGGCGAGCUGAAGAUUAUCGAGGUCAUGGAGAAGGCCAAAGUCUGGGAAGACCUUGAGGAGAAGCCCGUCGAAGGCCAGUGGACAUACUUUGACCGACCCUAA